AUGUCGGAAAACCAUAGCCAGGAUUUCGUAAUUCGGUUCGCCGGCGAAGGCGGACAAGGACUUGUUACAUCAGCGGACGCAAUGGCGAGGGCCGCGGCAAAUGCCGGGUACUUCGUAUCGACGUUUUCGACAUUUCCGUCUCAAAUAAUGGGCGGCCCCGCUUCUUCGCAAGUUCGUAUUUCAAAUACUCCGGUGUUGUGCUCAGGGGACAACGUGGAUGUGCUCGUCGUGCUAGACGAGUACGCAUACAACAGCCAUAGGGACGACCUCUCAGAGAACGGCGUAGCGAUCUACAACUCCGGCGAAUUUCAACUCCCCGAAGGUGGGCCGUAUUUCGGCAUUGACGCCGAUGAACUGGCAAAGUCGACGGGCAACACGCGCGCCGCAAACAUGGUGACGAUCGGAGCCGUUGCCUAUCUCAUCGGUUUCUCAUUGGAAGAGAUCGACGCAUUCAUCACGCAGCGAUUCACGCGCGGUCGACCUGGCGACGACGAAAUCAUUGAAUCGAACAAACAGGCGAUCCGACUGGGUGCUGAUGUUGCCGCCAAGAGCGGUUUCUCGGUUGGCAAGCUGACACCGCCGAUUCCGCCUGAUUACGACCAAAUCAUGAUCACUGGGAACGCCGCGUUGGCUCUUGGUGCGGUCACCGCCGGUGUCGAUUUUUACGCCGGUUAUCCGAUCUCGCCCGCGACCACAAUAUUGGUUUGGAUGGAGCAAAACUUGGUCGGUCCGGGCCGUUUCGCACAUCAGGUUUCUUCCGAAAUCGAAGCCAUCAGCGCGAUCGUAGGUGCAGGUUACGCGGGUAAGAAGUCGAUGACCGCGACCGCUGGACCGGGUCUUUCACUGAUGAGUGAAGGGAUCGGUCUUGCUUGGAUGGCGGAGAUACCGUGCGUUGUCGUAGAUGUCCAACGUGGCGGUCCGUCUACCGGGCUUCCAACUAAAUCUGAGCAGAGCGACUUGAUGCUGUGCCUUAACCCCGGCCACGGGCGAUAUGAGCAUACCAAUCCUGGCUCCCGGAUCGGUCGAAGAGUGUUUCGAUGCCGGAUCUCAGGCGGUAAAUUGGGCUGA